GUGUGAUGACAGUUCACUCCAAAACUAAGAUUUUAGAAAAGAAAUGAGAGAUCAGUUUUUCUAAAAAUUGUUUUUUAUUUGUUUAUAAAUUGAAAUGGCUUCUACAUCUAAAGAUGGAGUACCAGAAUCAAAUAACCUAAAGCCCAACACUCCGGACGAUUUAGGGCCUGGGGCGUGCCCUGAAAGCGUUUUGAAUCCUACAGACUCUUUUGAGGAGUUCGCAUCAGAAAUGAGUUCAAGUCUUCUAGAGAGAAACAAUUCUUUGACCACUAAGAGCAGCACAAUAAGUGAAAUUCAAAGUGAGAUUUGUGAAAAAUCGAAAGAAAGUGAAGUGAAAGAUUCAAAGUCAUGUGAUGAUAUGCAGAACAAAAAUGAGUCCAUUACAGCAUCAGCCAGCACAUCAAAUUUGGAAGAACAGAAUGGCAAUGACUCUGAUGACGAGCGCGACGAGUACUUACAGUCACCAGAGCUGGUGAACAAGGAGAAACAUGUGUUUAUACUGAGCUCUGCCGGGAAACCUAUAUAUUCAAGAUACGGUAAUGAAGACAAAUUAGCUGGUCUGUGUGGCGUCAUUCAAGCUUUGGUCAGCGUGGUGGAGGAGCAGAAUCAGGAUAUACUCCGGUCGCUGACUACGAAAGAUUGCAAGGCUGUGUUCCUGGUGAAAGGCCCGCUGAUUCUUGUUGCGGUGUCUAAGUCUAACGAGAGUGAGACGCAGCUGGUACUGCAGUUGACCUACGCUUUCAACCAAAUAGUGUCAGUGCUUACCCUGACUCAACUGAACAGGAUUUUUGAGCAGAGAAGAAACUAUGACCUACGGAGAUUGCUGUCUGGAGCGGAGAGACUCAUAGACCAUCUACUUGUGUUUACUGAGAAGGAACCCGCUUUCCUGCUCGGCGCCGUCAGAUGUCUACCACUGCCAGAGAAAGCACGUGAAAACAUAACGAAUGCAAUAAUAUCUUCGUGUAACAAAAUAAGGGAUUUAGUUUUCGCAAUAAUGAUCGCUGGCAAUCAGCUGAUCACACUGGUCAGGAUGAAGAAGUACACCCUACACCCGUCCGACAUACAUUUGCUGUUCAAUCUGGUCCGGUGUACGGAGAGUUUCAAAACUGCGGAGAGCUGGACGCCUAUUUGUUUGCCGAAAUUCGAUGCCACGGGAUUCCUCCACGGCCACGUGUCCUACAUAUCCGAAGAUUGUCAAGCGUGUCUCUUACUCCUCACGGUCCAACGAGACGCGUUCUUCCCUCUCUCGCAAGCCAAGCACAACAUAGCCGAGAAACUGAGAAGGAACAACUGUCUCACCGCAAUUAACGACGCACUGAACCGAAACGUAGAAUUACCAACCACAAAUCCACUGAAACACAUAGGAAUACCAGAAAUAAGACACUUUAUGUAUAAAUCUAAAACAACAGCACAACUCUUUACUUCGGACCCCAUAUGUUUAGACCGAUUACAAGAUUACAGAAUAAGGUAUAAGGAUUAUGGUGAUAUUGAGGUGAAAAGGCCGGAGAAACUGUCGGAUAUAGACUAUGUGCAGAAUUAUAGGAGUUUUUGUAGCCAAAUGCAUUGCACUUCGACGCCAGCCAAGUUGAUAUUCAGGUCGAAUUCAAUGGACACUGUUUUGGCGUGGGUGACCUCAGGCUUUGAACUAUAUGUAACUUUCGACCCCCUUAUGGAAAAGGACCAAGCGAUCCGAGCGGUGGACCGAAUACUGCAGUGGAUCAGGAAAGAAGAGCACAGGAUCUUCAUUAUGAACGCCCCGACCUUCUAGCUAAACUUCUCCGUGAUACACGGAGCUAUCAGAUCGUCUAUAAUGAGGGACCUACUUUAGGACAAAUAUCGUAUAUGGAUCAGGAAGGAAGAGACACAGAAUCUUCAUUGUAAACUUCUACUUAAUUACAAGUGUCUCAUUGAGUUGUCCCAUAGUGGGACAAUUGAGUCGGUUUCAUCCCAGUCCCAUGGGACAAGUCCCAGUCACAUGGCACUAAUUUACCAAAAGACCCAAAAGUCCCAUUGCCGACAUCGAUCACAUAUGGAUCAGGCAACAUUGCUUGUACAGUCGACAGCAGAUCAAAUAUUACCGCGAUAUAAAUAGUACUAGACUUGUGGUCGACUGUACCAGAAAUCAAUCGAAUAAUUGGAAUAGUGAAGGAAAAUGUGUGUGCCAACACUUUUGGCAAUGAAACAGUUCCUAUGUGAUAGCCAUUUUAUAGAAAGAUCUAGACUGGAAUCUUUCAUAAACAUCUUGAUGAAAUUUGUAAAAAUUGUUUAGUUAGAACAAAAACUAAUUUAUUAAACUAGAAACUAUCUACUUGUUUAGUGUAGCUAGCUAGUACUUUAUUAUGAGAUAAAUGUUCAAAAUUAUAUUUAACUAGUUAAAUAUUAAAUAAUGCGAAAGUUAAUGUCCCCUUUUUCUCAUUCUUGGUCUACUCAACGACUCUUGAAUGAAUGAAAUGAAAACUCAUGAAAUUUUGCAAAAAUAUAGUUACUGUAUGGCUAUUAAAAGAAUUGUUCCCCUGAUAAAGUCACGCGAACGCGGUAUCGAAAGAAUUCAUGGUACACGCUUGCAUAUAGCAGAUUAUAAACCAGAUUAGAUAAGGCCGUAACUACGUUACGUGGUUAUCGUAGGAAAGAAAAUCAUAGUAGAAGAUUUCUCUCCUCUUCUCCUAAUCCAAUCCAAUUUUAGUCAGCUUACAUGCAUAAGAAGUGAAAAAAAAAAUGUUUUUGACCUAUUAACCCUUACGAGAUGCCAAUGCAUUUGUUUAGGUACUCGAAAAUUGGCACACAAUCUUUACAUAUAUUUUUAUUCAAAUAUACACUUUAAAAAUCAAUAUUGCACAUUACAAUUUUUUUAUGUAAUUUCUGAUGUAUAAAAUGACUGAUUUGUAAUGUGACAAGAUUUUGAAUUUUAAGGUUAAUAUAUUAUCAUUUCAAAGAUCUAAGUACCCAUCAAGAUUGUUAACUUUUAUGAUAUUUUAUAUUACCUGAACAAACAUGGUAUAUAUAGGAUAUUUAAUGCAAUGACAUCGUUUCUGAUGCUAGGGGCAAUUUUUUAUGUUUAAUACGUUUGUGUCAUCAUCUCAGUCUUUUUCUGCAAUUAUAAAACAUUAUAUAUACAACAAAUAUAUAUUGUAUUACUACACACAUGUAGUACCGCCCGCCAAAAAUAUUUAUUUACUGUUUUUUGCCAAACAACUUGUUGUUCGAGUGUUAAGUUCACUGUUUACAAUAUAAAUAUGAACUUUUACUGUUAUGAACGACAAAAUAUUAUGUUUUUAGUAGCAGAAUUAUAUACAUAUUUUAUAUAUCUUGAUCACACUAAGACGAUACAAGGCCAUUGGUCGAGCUGCCGGUAAAUGUGACUAGGUAGUUACGCCAUUAUUUAUUAAAAUAAAAUAUACUUUAAGCUAAAAUGUGUUUGACACUAUCGCUGUUUAUAAUAUUUGAAAUUUACAGAAAGAGACAAAACAUACUUUAGCUUAAAGUAUACUUCAACUUUUUUAUGUAAAAUGUUUGGGGUAAGUCUGUAAAAAUAUAUAAGUCUGUGCCUGUGAAUAUAGCUUGUUGAAAGCUUCAAAUAACCAUGAAUUAUACAAUUUCAUCACGAUCUUACGGCGUAAACAGAGUCUCAUCUAGAUAUUAUACUCGCUCAGUUAGUUCAGUAUUUUGUUGUGUAAAUAAAUUGUAAUUACUGUUUGUAAUUUUGAAAUGAAAUAUUCCAUGUAAAGAGAAUGUAAUUAUUAUAUUUUUAUUAACUGUUGUUCUGAUAGCAAUAAUAAAAAAAUAUUUAUCAAUUUAAUUUAA